AUGCAGCGGCGCCUGCUCGACGCGCACGAGGACAAGCUGGUCACCCAGCCGCUGCAGGAGAAGCCCUGCCAGAUCCCGGCCAGCGCCAAGUCCACCUUCCUGAUGGCGUUUAGUGGUGACGGUGUCACCGCAGCCGGGAUCGCCUCCACGCACGGUGACCACAACAUAUACGUGACGGACAUGGAGAGCGGCGCGCUGCUCAACACGCUGCGCGGCCAUCCGCGCAGCCCCUGGUGUGUGGCGUUCCACCCCACCAACAGCCAGCUGAUCGCGUCCGGCUGCCUGGGCGGACAGGUUCGCGUCUGGGACCUGCACGGCGGCAGCGAGCGCUGGCAGGCGGACGCCACGCACGUGAUCGCCUCGCUCGCCUUCCACCCGGUGGACCACGUGCUGGUCAUCGCCAACCGG